ACUCGGCUGUCAGGAGGCUGCUGUUCACGCACAGCGACCGAGGAGGGGAUCCGUGUCAGCAGCCAUGGCAGAAGCAGAGACCCGCCAGAAGCUGCUGCGCACCGUCAAAAAGGAGGUGAAGCAGAUUAUGGAGGAAGCAGUCACCAGGAAAUUUGUUCAUGAAGACAGCAGCCAUAUUGUGUCCUUUUGUGCUGCAGUGGAGGCGUGCGUGCUCCACGGUCUGAAGCGGCGAGCUGCAGGUUUCUUGCGUAGCAACAAGAUAGCGGCUCUCUUCAUGAAGGUGGGGAAGAGCUUCACUCCGGCUGAGGAACUGUGCAGAAAGGCCCAAGAGCUGGAGCAGAUCAUAGAGACCAAGCGAAGCCAGAGUCUACAGAGUCAAGACAGUCUCCGGAAGCUGCCUCGUCUGCCAAGUCUCACGCCUCAGGCCUACAAAAACCUCUGGAUACGAACGGCUCUGUUUGAGAAAGUGCUUGACAAGAUUGUCCACUACUUGGUGGAGAACAGCAGUAAAUACUACGAGAAGGAGGCUUUUCUGAUGGAUCCCGUGGACGGACCCAUCCUAGCUUCUUUGUUGGUUGGACCUUGUGCUUUGGAGUACACCAAGAUGAAGACUGCAGACCACUUCUGGACCGACCCGUCAGCUGAUGAGUUGGUGCAACGGCAUCGAAUCCACGGAGGCCACUGCAGGCAGGAUUCUCCCACCAAGAGACCGGCAUUGUGUAUCCAGAAGCGUCACUCCAGCAGCAGCAUGGAUGAGCGUCCGUCUCCUUCACCAUCUGCCCGGGAAUAUGUGGAGUCACUUCAUCAAAACAACAGAGCGACUCUCCUUUUUGGCAAAAACAACGUCCUUGUUCAACCAAGAGACGAUAUGGAGGCCAUUCCGGGGUACCUCUCCUUGCACCAGGCCGCUGAGAGCAUGAAAUUAAAGUGGACCCCAAACCAGCUCAUGAACGGGUCAGUCGGCGACCUGGAAUAUGAGCGCAGCGUUUACUGGGACUACGCCAUGACCAUCCCUCUAGAAGAUAUAGUCUACCUACACUGUCAUCAACAGAUCGACAGCGGGGGGACAGUGGUGUUGGUUAGUAAGGAUGGAAUACAGCGACCUCCCCUGCGCUUCCCCAGAGGAGGCCAUCUGCUCCAGUUUCUCUCCUGUCUUGAAAACGGCCUUCUUCCUCACGGCCAGCUGGAUCCUCCGCUUUGGUCUCAGAGGGGGAAGGGAAAGGUGUUUCCUAAACUAAAGAAGAGGGUUCCUCAGGGAUCUGGCUCCUUGGACUCUGUCUCAGAUAAAGAGGAGGACGAGGCCACUGACUAUGUCUUCCGCAUCCUCUUCCCAAACAGCCAGUCAGAAUUCGUGACUCCCCCAGACCUGAUGGAUCAGGGCGUAACAAUGUGGCACCCCACUCUCAGGAAGUCCUCAUGUUCAUCCUGUUCCCCAGGAAGCUUUUCUGAAGGUCUGGUCCCAAAAGGGUGCAACCACGAAAGGACGCCGCUGAAGAUGCUCUGCGACAACAUGAAGUACCAGAUCAUCUCUCGAGCCUUCUAUGGAUGGCUGGCUUACUGCCGUCACCUAUCCACGGUGCGCACACACCUCUCCGCCCUUGUCAAUCACACCAUUGUGGCACCUGAUGCUCCCAGUGAUGCGUACAAAGGACUCACGGCUGAUGUGUGGCAGAUGUUCCUGCAGGACUGCUCAUCCUACGAGGAGCAGGAGCUUCUUCGCCUGGUGUAUUUCGGCGGGGUGGAGCCGUCACUGCGUAAGGACGUAUGGCCGUUCCUCCUGGGUCACUAUCAGUUUGGGAUGUCUGAAGCAGAGAGGAAAGAGGUGGACGAGCGCGUCCGAGAGUCGUACCAGCAAACCAUGAGCGAGUGGCAGAGUUGUGAGGAGAUCAUCCGCCAGCGUGAGAAGGAGCAGCACGCCGUGGCGCUCGCUAAAUGCUCCUUUGCCGCCAGUAUGGACAGCUGCAGCCAAAUGAUGACCCAUCAUGACUCAACCGUCAGUAAUGAGUCCUCUCAGAGCUCCGACCGGCCGAGUCUGGCUCAUCUGCAGAGCGAUUCCAGUGGCAGCACACAGUUCUUCACUUCCUUCCAACCCUUCCCCUGGACUAGCCUGCUUCCCUCUGGCUUCUUCUUUCAGGUGUUUGAGUCCGUGGAGGAGGUGGACCAGAUAGAGACCGAGUCCAAGAUGGAGGAGGUCAAACAGGUGCCCAAGUUACCAAACGGUGCGGUCCAGAAUGGCGUCAGCUCUCCAGAUUCUGGACACCCUUCCUCUCGAAAUUUCUCUGUCACCUCCGGAGUGUCGGACGGCUCGCUCAGCACCGAGGACAGCGCCGUCACCGACACCACCGCGAGGCUGGCGGCUCUUCCCGGCAAACCUUCUCAGGAUGCAGGUCCCACUGUGAAACUGAAUGAUUGUGACACAAAGCAGUCUGAAGAAGGAGAUGCAGUGGAGGGAAGUGAACCGGAACCAAAAGUGGAGGGGAUGGUGGAAGGUGUUCUGUUGACGGACAAACACCAAAGAGUGAAGACCCCUGAUGAGGGGAUUGAUCCGUCCAGACCUGAUGGAGAGAAGAACAUUUUAGUUCCUGCAGAAGCCUUCUGUUCUUCUCAGACGAAUGAGGCCACCACUGAGUCAGACGAGUCUCCUUCCGCGAUAGAGAUGGAAGAGAUCCCCAGAGCCAAAGUUUCCAUGGUGCCUUGGAGCAGGAAGGGACAUGCAGACCCACUGUCAGAGGACGCUGAAGCCAGGCAGCAGGAGAACCUCAGUCCAGAUGGUACAGAGUCCGUCUUGUCUGAUGAGCCAGAGAUGGGGAGCGAGGCGACGUGUCAGGCUGGUGGCACCUACUCUCAAGACCUUCUGGACCUGUACACUUUGAACCUGCAUCGCAUCGAUAAAGACGUCCAGCGCUGUGACAGGAACUACUGGUACUUCACUCCUGCCAACCUGGAAAAGCUACGCAACAUAAUGUGCAGCUACAUCUGGAAGAACCUGGACAUCGGCUACGUGCAGGGAAUGUGUGACCUUCUGGCCCCGCUGCUGGUUAUUCUGGAUGAUGAGGCCUUGGCCUUCAGCUGUUUCACUCAGCUCAUGAAGAGAAUGAAUCAAAACUUCCCACAUGGAGGAGCUAUGGAUACCCACUUUGCUAACAUGCGCUCGCUGAUCCAGAUCCUGGACUCGGAGCUCUUUGAGCUUAUGCACCAGAACGGAGACUACACCCACUUCUACUUCUGCUACCGCUGGUUCCUCUUGGACUUCAAGAGAGAGCUGGUCUAUGAUGACGUGUUCGCUGUGUGGGAAACCAUCUGGGCGGCCAAGUUUGCCUCGUCCAGUCACUUCGUCCUCUUCAUCGCCUUGGCUCUCGUGGAGAUCUACAGGGACAUCAUCCUGGAGAACAACAUGGACUUCACCGACAUCAUCAAGUUCUUCAACGAAAUGGCCGAACAUCACAACAUCAACCAGAUUCUGACGCUGGCCAGAGAUCUGGUGUGUAAGGUUCAGAUCCUGAUCGAGAACAAGUGAUGGCGCCUUCUUUUUCUUCCAAGUCACAUGUAAACAUCUGUAGCAGCACACACACACACACGUUUGUAUCUCUUAUCUUUGUGAGGACCACUCACAAACAAGUGGCUAACCUUAACCGCCCUUAACUAAACUUUCAUAAUGACCCAGGUAUUUUGACGUUUUAACCCUCAAAACCUCAUGAGGACCAGCCAAAAUGUCCUCACAAGAUUAGUGUCUUGGUCCACACAAGGAUAUGAACAUGUGUAUACACACACAUACUUGUAUUUCUAUCCUUGUGGGCACAUGUGAGGUUUCUCACUGCCAUAACUCUUUCCUCAGCCUUCCUCCUUAAACCUGACCAUCCAAAGGAAAUGGAUAAUCUUAACAGGAACUCUGAACCAAACUUAAACCCAAAUAAAAUGACACAGUUGUUUUGAAGACUUCAUCCUCAAAUUGAGGCUUAACCUCGUGGGGUGCAGCCAACUGUCCUCACAAAGUCAUACGGUCCUCAGAAGGACAGUGUUAUGUCAAGAAUUGGUCCCCACAAAGUAGGAUAAACAAGCCCACACACCAACACACCUUUGCUGCUAUGAGCCUUACUGAGUGUAGCCCCUCUGCCGUCUGUGUUGUCGACUGAUAGAAAAAAAACGUGGGUAUAUUUGUCCUCACUUGCAAGGUGUUACAGGAAAAGUGUCUUAAAUGUCUUUACAAAUCCCCAAAGUGUCGAUCUUAAUCAGAGUGCACUUACUAUUUUAACCUUUCAAGCCAAAAGAAGAAGAUACAUUCAGAACUAUAUUUGUGAGGAAAACUUUGCUGUUACUAUUUUACUAGCUAAGACUGAUACUAUUUCAAGAUAUAGCCCGGUGUCCUUUUAAAGCCGAUAUUGUGAUUUGUAGUACGAAUGCAAGCAGAAACUUUAGAAUCUAUUUCAGUAUUUGGUCUGUGAUUUACUAUCAGCAGUGUUGUCGUCCUGAAGCUGCCUCGUCCGUUCCUCUGUAUGUGUGACCGUGUCGUGCCGAUUAUGUUCCUAUUGCACAAGUUAUGUCCCUUUUACUUGUCUGACGGAAGAAUGAGUCACAGAGAGACGUUCUCACGACCGACAUUUCAUCAUCUCGUAAGACGUUAGUGCAACGAUUGUGAGGGGGGAAACAAAUCCCAGAAAGCUGACCUUGGUUUUGAAUGCUUCCAGUAUAUUUCACAUGGCAUUAAAAAAUGUUUAUUUUCAGUCACAAUGCAUUAAGCUUCCUGCCGAAUGUGUGCUCCGCCUUUAUAGUUGUACAGUCUCUGCCAAAGGUUCCUGAGCACCUCCUGAAAAUACAGUUUUAGUCUCUCGCCUCUUGAAUCAGUGAAGAUGUCCACAUCUGAAAAGCUGCUUUAAAAUGACAAAUAGUAAUCAAUCUGGCAAUUAAAGGGUUAAAGUGGUGGCAGUUCUUUAACAUUGCAGAUGAUUUUAAAGUGAUUUCAUGGAUAUUUUUUCUAGCAAAGUUGAAGACUAAAGACACAACCUGAACUAUAUUGUUCAUGUUGACAUUCUUCAUCUCCUCCUCCUUUAUCUCACCCAUGGUCCUCAUUGGUUGCCUUCCUCUUCUCCUUCUCGCUGGCUCCUUCACCUCUACUGUCUCUCCCCUCCACGUCUCCAGACCAUUUGGAUCACCAGGUGUGGAUCAAAGCCAACCCAAAAAAAGUGUUCCUCUUUUAAUAGUUGUGCAAGUGGAGCCAUCUUGACUGGUUCAAGAGGAGAGUGCACUUGAAAUCAGGCUGCUAGUGACCAAUAAUUAACCCUUAAAUUGUUAAGUCAAGAAAAAGAGCCACAACGUUGGUGACCCGAAUUUUCCCAACCCAGAAAUCUCAAUCCAAUAAACAGAAGGGAUUGAAAAGCAACUGGAAACCCUCACUGCCACUGUUGGGCCACUUCAUGAAGCGGGUCUCGGCUUUUGUCCUGCUCUCUACAACAAAGCACAGAAGCUAUGCCUUUGUCAGAUUUUAAACGUAUUUAUUUGCUGCAACAUAUUUAUUAUUUAUUUAUUCUCGUUUAUACUCGCAAAUCCUUGUUUUGUAUAUCAGAUUUGUUUUGUCAUCACCGGAUUCCAGAAAUGCAUUGUAAAGCAAUCAGAGGCGAUGAGUUGAUAUCAAAUAUAU